UCUCCAAUACUGCAUUUUUAAUGAAUUUCAGUGUUCUGUCGCUACCUUACUCAUCUUAAAUAGUCGUGAGAAAGUGCCACGGACAUUGCACAUAUCUGAAGGUGUGUGGGUAUGUGAAGAUGCGCAGCAAGAAAAGAGUCUCUUUCGUGACUUUUACUCCCUCCAGUAACGGAAAUGAAAGGGUGUGGGUGUGUUCUCCUCUGGGCCAUAAAGAUAGCUGAUGGCAUGUAGAUACUGGACCGCUUGGCUACAAGGAAGGAGUUCCACGUUAUGCUGAGUGAGGUAAAAUGCUGAUUUAGAGCGAAUGUUGUGCAACGAUCAUUGCAACAAGAGGAAUUUCUAAACGGGAGCUGCCAAACUUUCUGCAACAUGAAGACUGUGAAAGUGUGAGAGACGAGAAAGGCUUGAAACAAAUGGAUUGGUAGCUAUUUCAGAGGGUCGGCUUUAAAGGUCCAGCACCAGGAGGAGAGCGAAAGCAAAUUGGAUAGAAGAGCGGGCACAAAACAGGCUGACUUCACUCUGCACUAUUAAUCUCACCGAGGACUGAGUGAUUCAGCACCAUGGGAAAAUCCGCCUCCAAACAAUUUGCUGAGGAGGUGCUGCAGUGCCACAACGAGUACAGGAAGAAGCACCAGGCUCCCCCACUAAAGCUGAGCAGCAAAUUGAGCAGAGAGGCUGCUCGUUAUGCUGAAAGUCUGGCUAGCACAAGAAUCCUGAAGCACAGUGUGGAGUCCAGCAGGGGGAGCUGUGGAGAAAACCUGGCAUGGGCUUCUUAUGACCAAACGGGGAAGGAUGUGGCAGAUCGCUGGUAUGAAGAAGUCAAACAGUACAACUUCAGCCACCCUGGAUUCUCCUCUGGCACUGGACAUUUCACUGCAAUGGUGUGGAAGAGCAGCAAGAAGCUGGGUGUGGGAAAGGCCACAGCGUCAGACGGCUCUUCCUUUGUCGUGGCCAGAUAUUUCCCAGCAGGGAAUAUAACAAACCAGGGACACUUUGAGAAUAAUGUCCUCCCAUCUAAAACUGGCUCCUGAAGACCUAUCGAUCCCCCUGGACUUUACCCGGUGGCGGGGGGGAUGGGGAAGCUACCUCCCUUGCAGAGCUCUGGAGAAUACAACGGCUAAAAACCCAAACUGCAACGUCGCCGAAUUUUAAAAGAUAAAACACACUCAGUCCUCUGCACCUAUAAAGACCUUUAUGAGGCAGAGUGUUCAAAUUGCCUAACAUUUUUGUAACUGUAGAUUUUUGCUGUCUAAAAACCAUUUUCUCUUAAAUUUGUACACUAAAGAAACGUUUCAUGUAUUUUCCUCUCCUUUUUUGUAAGAGUGAGUUAAUAUGGAGAAAUGUCUCCGACAUGCUGACAUAUUUCCUUAGAUUUGAAGCUGAUGACUGUACAUGUUAGGAAUGUUCUUGUUAUUGCCCCUUCUUGUUAAAGAAGACAGGGCUUGUGUUGUUUUUCAUAUUCUAACUUGUUUUUUUACAAUAAAGCUGAAAGAUUGUCAUAACAAAA